CUGAGCGCUCCCUUCAUUCAAACCCCAAACAGCCCACAGCGACCAAAGCGACCAAAGCGACCAAGCAACAAGCGGCAUGUAUUCAGAGCUCGAGUGCGGGAUCUGCUACCGGACCUACAACGCGGGUCGGAGGUGUCCCCGGGAGCUUCACUGCAAACACACCUUCUGCGAGAGCUGCCUCGCGGCUCUCUCCCGGCCCCGCGGAGCCGGCGAGGCGCAUCUGGAAGCGGGCAGACUCAUCGCCUGCCCGCUGUGCCGACACGCCACAUCCGUCUCCGGCGAGGGGAUGAUCAGAGCCGAGCUGAGGGUGGAUGAGUGCGCCCUGGAGCGGCUGUUGGCCGCGGGAGUCCUCGAGCAAGAGGAGGACCCGGAGGAGGGCGAUCAGCUUCCAGACGAGGCGGCGGAGGAGGAGGAGGAGGAGGAGGCGGGGGAGGAGGAGACGCUCCCCGAGACUCCAGCCGAGGAGAGUGACUCAUCCGAGGGCUUCAGAGGUGGGAAGUUCCGGCAGUCUCUGAGAAAAGUCUGGAAGAAGAUUAGCGGCAAGGGCGCACGGCAAGGAGGAAGAAACUGCAUGACCAACGACGACUUGAGGAACCUGGCCAUGAUGUCCUGCUACAUGUUUUGAGCAGCCCCAGACUCCCUGGAUAAUGUGACAAGGCACUCGGAGUCAGUGGUUCACCUUCUUAACGCGGACUAUGUGACGACGAAACUUUGCUGGCGAGACUCGUGGACACGCAGUGAACUCGAGGAUUUAAUUCUGCCUAAAUGAUCCGUUGCACUGUAAAAGGAAAACGAUUGUUAUAAUGAAGCAUAAAUGUUUAUAUUUUUUAUAUUUAUUCUUUUGCACUAAUGUAUUUAUUUUUAUAUAUGUGUCUCAUAUUUAAUGAAAAAUAAAUGACUUGUUCUGUUA